AUGAGUCUGACCGCUCCAGGAGCGAUUGGCGAAAACCCUGCGCACGGGCGCGAUGUGCUUAACGAGAAAGCUCCCAGCACUAGUGACAAAUCCUUCGAUGGGAAAGGCGACCUUGAAACUGCAACGGUUGAUGCUGACAGCGAGGAAGGCGUCCUCUCCAAUGAACGUGACAUUGCUACCCAUGUCAUCUCGGUGGACGACGACCCUUCUCUGAGCCCAUGGACAUUCCGUGCAUUCUUCAUUGGUCUUGGCCUCUCAGCCUUUGGUGGAGUACUCGCGGAAAUUUAUUACUUCAAGCCUCAAACCAUUCUAGUGUCGUUGAUGUUCCUUGCGGUUAUUUCUUAUGUUAUAGGCAUCUUUAUGGAGACAUUUAUUCCUCGCCGCGGAUUCUUGCGCUAUCUGAACCCUGGACCGUUCAACAAGAAAGAGAAUGCUUUCAUUGUCAUCAUGGCAAGUGCCUCAGCCAACUCCGCCUUGGGUACCGAAGUUCUUGCUGUCCAGCGAUUGUACUACAAUAUCACGCCCAAUCCUGGUGCUUCAAUAUUCCUGCUCUUUUCUUCCCAACUUCUUGGAUAUGGGAUCGGUGGCAUGAUGAGAAGCAUCCUGUUAUAUCCAUCAAAGAUGUUGUACCCCGGUGUACUACCAUUGUUAUCCAUGUUCGACGCUCUCUACGAGGGCGGGAUAGCAGCACGGAAGAAACUCAGAGUGUUUUACAUUGUGUUUUCUGUUAUCUUUAUUUGGGAGCUUUUCCCAGAGUGGAUUUUCCCGCUUCUGACCGGUUUUUCGAUUAUCUGUCUUGCAGCUCCCAAUAAUGCUGCCGUCUCGCGAGUAUUUGGUGGCAGCAACGGUAAUGAGGGUCUAGGGCUCCUGUCUAUCUGCUUUGACUGGCAAUAUAUUUCUGGCGGGGUGAACCCAAUGGUUAUCCCGCUCAAAGCACAGUUCUCUAAUUUCUUGGGCUACCUUCUUUGCAUGGUCGUAUUCGUGGGCGUGUAUUACAACAACAUCUGGAAGGCCCAGAAUUUCCCAUUCCUUUCUCAACUCUUGUUCUAUGAGAACGGCACACAGUACAAUCAAACGCUCAUUCUCAAUUCCAACUACGAAGUCGAUCCCACACUCCUUGCUGAACAAGGCGUACCUUACUAUUCCAGCACUUGGAUAGUUUACUUGCUCACCUCAAAUUUGGGUUUGGCGGCUACGUUUACCCAUCUCCUCUUGUGGAACUGGGACGACUUGCGCUCUGCAUGGAGUUGGACGAGUCCGUCGAGCAUCAAACAAUGGUGGGCGAAUUUCGACUGGAAGGUCUGGAAAGCCGAUGGAAUGCGGAAGCAAGACGUCGAUGAUGAGAAUAUGGAUCCACACUACAAGCAGAUGCUGAAGUACCCUGACGCCCCCAAUAGCUGGUACUUCCUCGUUUUCAUCCUGUCCUUCAUCACCUCCCUGGUCGUUAUAUACAAGAACAACUCGACUUUGCCAUGGUGGGGUUUUGUCAUCUCGCUCUUGUUGGCGACAGUUUCCAUUCUAUUCUUCGGUACACUCUACGCGAUUACAGGAUUACAAUUCAUCAUCCAGCCGUUUGUCCAGAUGAUUGGUGGUUACCUCCACAGCGGCAAGCCAGUGGCAAAUAUGUAUUUCGUUCUAUACGGAUACAACACUGUCACUCAAGCCCAACUGCUACUCCGCGACCUCAAGAUUGCUCAGUAUGCCAAGCUGCCACCUCGCGCUGCAUUUACCGCCCAGAUUAUUGGCACGCUGCUUGGCGCCAUCUUGAACUUCAUCAUGAUGAAUUCAAUCAUCGAUAACCAACGUGACAUCUUGUUAUCUGUUCAGGGAACCAAUAUCUGGUCUGGCCAACAGCCACAGCAAUACAACUCGCAAGCAAUUGCGUGGGGUGGGCUCAGCCACGAGCUCUUUUCCGCCGGCCAAAGAUACCAAUGGGUUCCCUGGGCGUAUCUAGUUGGACUUUUCGUACCCGUUCCGUUCUGGCUCAUUCACAGGUACUGGCCAAAGCUUCGUGCCGACUACCUGUACACUCCGAUUAUAUGCUACUUCAUGGGAUGGCUUUGUGUUGGGAUUAAUUCGUCUAUUCUCUCCUACUUCACAGUCGCAUUCGUCUCGCAAUGGUGGCUGCGCACGCGCUACCCUCGCUGGUUUGCCAAAUACAACUACAUCAUCGGAGCUGCCCUUGAUGGAGGCACUCAAGUCAUGGUGUUCAUCCUCUCGUUUGCAGUGCAAGGUGCUGGUGGUACCUCUCAUUUGUUCGCUGCAUGGUGGGGCGCGAACCAAGCAGGCAAUUAUGACCACUGUGCCAGGUUGACCUGA